GUUCCACGCGUCAGGCUGUGCCGCGUGGCGGGGACUUUAAUCACAUUCAAAUCGUGUGCGAUCGGCCAGUGGGAACAUCGGCUACAGCGUAGGCCUCUCGCGAUGGCGUGAACCGUCGACAAAGUGCCAAAGUUUUGCCAAAGCAGACCCGGACGGUGUGUGCCUGGAGGGCGGCGGCUAGAAAGUACGCAGUACCAUGGUGACAACCGGGUCGGAUAUCGGGGGUCUACAAAACUUACGGUCCGACUGCGUGGAUUCCGUCCAAAAAGCUAAUUAGCUGACCGUUGAAUUGAUCCGGCAUCCGGUUAGUGGCUGGCUGGGCUGGCUGGCAGUGACAUGUGGUUCUAUGCGUACGGACCGGACUAGUGGCGCGAGCGGGCAGAGAAAACACGACGAACUAAUUGGACUUUCCGAAAGGUGUUAGUUGUUGGUUCGCGUUCUCGUAGCAAAACCGGCUCCCGGUGGACUACAAGCACCAUACAGAACCGGGCCAAGUUUUGGGCGGUCAGUGUCAGUGUCGACGCCAGCUAAUUGCGAACAUCAACGGCCCCGCGCUGUAGCGUGUUCCGGGGCCGCGACCCCGGAUCGAGUCCUAUUACACAAGUUGACGACAGCGCAUCCUGUAAAAUGCCCAGUGCGGUGUCCUGUUGUUCCUUCAGCUCCGGCGAACCGGACCGGGCCGAUGGUCACCGAUAUCCGUACGGUUCGGACAGUGCCAACGUGACAGAGAAACACUAUGGCUGCUACAAGGCGGGCAUCUUCUUCGCGCUGGCCAUCAUCCUGCUGCUGCUCGUCGGUUGCGUUCCAGUCUUUCUGCUCACCGCCAACAGCAACCUGAUGCUGCUGAUCCUGCUCGUAACGCUCGCCGUGAUCGGGCUGGCCACGUUCGUCUACUUCCGCUGGCAGCGGAACCGGGCGCUCGCGAUGCGUCGCACGUACGAGCAGCAAAAGUUCAGCCUGACGCGCGUCCAUCAACCCACGGUGGCCGGCACCGUGCCUGCCGCACCAGUUGGCCCGGCCAGCCACGGCACCCCGGCCGAUUCGACGGGCGACGGACUAAAGAACGGCUCGGUCCCGUUCGCAGCGUACGCACAGGGACCAACGCAGGGACGAGAAUCGACACCAAUCAAGGGAGACCCGACGACGAUGAGCGGUGCCCCUGGCGAGGAAUCAACACAGCGGACCACAACAGCGACCCAACCGCGGUAUUCGUUUAUUUGAACGGAAUGGCCGGCCCUCAUGCCGCGUCACUUGUUUGUUAUUUUCGUUGCAUUGCUACCGAUGUUUUGUGGACCGUUUUUAACCUAUUUUUAAGACCGUAAGCAGGACCCCAACCAGGAGUUCCACAAACAGUGCUCACCGCAGCCAAUCAGCAACCUCAACUCAACUUUGCGCCACUUUGCAGUGUCGCGCUUCCGCUCACCAGCAAGGACAACACACGAUCGCCCCAAGGCAAAGUGGCAAAUAAGGGGCCCUCACCCCCUCAAGACCCUUUUUUGGUUCAGAUUUAAAUUUAAUUUAUACUCAGUGAAACACUGUGCCCAACAAACGGGGCCUUUUGCAUUUAAGUUCUGUGGCGAAUGAUCGGAUCGGAGAUCAUUCUGUUAAAGUAAUCGCUUGAACGUAACUCACCCUGUACCGAACCAGUUUGAUUGAAAAUGGCAAAAAGCAUUCGUGUCCGGUAAUUAGUUAGUCU